GUGGAGGAACGGGACACCAACUCUUUGCUACUUGAUGUUGCUGCCACAGAUCUUUGCCAUGUUGCCCAUGUCAUCACUGAUGGCUUAGUCGGUGCUGAGACCCGGGUUCUCCCCAUCUUGGGCUUGCUCUGCAAGUCACGCCGUGAGCAAUCCUUUCCAAUGGAUUUGCUUCAGAAAGGCCUCAGCGUUGACAUUGCUACAGCACAAGCAUCCAAAGAAGAGGACAAGACACGGAUUUUGAACUCCGUGCGAUGUCCGCGAGCCAGGACAUGGGCGUUGGACACGCCUUUUCCAACGCAGCACCCCCGCUAUGAUGCCGUCAACAGAGCUUUAGCCUCCCACUUUGCACUGACCAGCAUCCAGCAGUCAUAUCGGAACGGACAACAAGCCCCAUCAACCCUGUGGCAAGCACUACGGUCAGAUGCAGAAAGAAGGAACAUCCAAGUGUCACUGACAGGUUGCCACAAUUUCCGAGACCCGGACUUGCGGAUUCUCAUCGACAACCUGCCAGCCAAACUGCAAAGUUUACGGCUCGAUCUUGCCUACACUGGUUUGGAGCGUUUGGAUGAUCUAGCGGGUGCUUCCUUCGGAAACGCCCUUCAGACCCUAGUGAUUCGCUUCGCAGGAUCUUUAAGAAGCAUUUCGGGCUUGUCUGCUUUGCUUUGCCCUUCCUUGAGACGUUUGGAGCUGUGGCUGUCAGACCUUCCAGACUUAGAGGGCAUCGAGCUGGGCGUCAGCAACAAGGCAUUGUUGAAGCUUCGUUUGGAGGAGCUGGUCUUGUAUGUGAACGGCUGUCCCAGCGUACCACGCGAAUCCAAGACAGCAUUGUUUGCUGCCACUCGGCAGCUGAAGCAGUGCCUGCGACGCCGGCCUUACAUGUGGGUUCACAUCGAGGAUACAAACACCUGGACGCUGAAUCUCUGCCUUGGGAAGCACAAGGUGGGUCGUUCACAAAGCCACCUUGAGAUAGGCGGGCGUUCACCCAGUUCACCCACGCCAAGCGCAGCUUCGCUGGCCGAGAUUCCAGAGUCACAAAUCGAUCCGUUCCCUUGCCAUUGCUGCACGAAGUUCCACGGCAAUUCUCAUGGAUACUGCGAUGCUCAUCGACUUGCCCGAUUUUACCACAAUGCGUUCUCCAGAUGUCAUCUCGUUUUUCAAUACGCAGAGCUGCUGAUGAUUUUCUUUGUACAAGCCACGGCAGAUAUCGAAUCGAGGGGCUUGCUGGCCUUGAUUGUCAUCUCUUUGUAUCCUGUGCUCUGGAUGAGCCUUGAUCGAUUGGUGGGGUCGGCCACCUCAAUUUGUGUCGUGUUGAUCUCGCUGCUCUUCGCAUCUGUAUCUUAUGCUCUGCUGCGAUUCGAUCGGAUGCACCGAGCGACUCUGGAACUGUCGUUGGCUUCUGAAGCCAUUUGCUCACAGGCGAUUCGUCCUGCGAACUUGUCGCACCUCUCUCUGGUCUUUGGAAGUUCCGCUGACGACUUCCCGAACACAGAUUUGCGACAAAGCGAAACGGAUUUGACAAGCAACUUCCGUCAGGCACGGAUUCACUUUCUCAGCUUUCAGAAUGCUCUGCGCCGAGCCCUGGACGAAGGUGAAGUGACGAAUGCAACAGCACAUGCAAAGAUCAAGCGCCUCGCGGACCUAACGAGUCAAGGACGAGACCAUGAUGUUCUUUCUUGCGAAAUCCAUUGUGAAUCCCUCCAGCAAGUUCAACUGGUGUGGCUUGCGCUGAGCAAAAGAUUUCAAAGCGAAGAAGAACCGUGGAAGAUCGUGGCAUUGUGGGAUGGAUUUGCCCAAGAAGAAGAGCGCAGAUGCAGCAAGAUCGUGAUGUCCAUGAACGGUUAUUUGGCCACUGUCGUUCUUUGUGUUGCCUCCUUGACAAGGCUGCAGAGCAACCUCAGCGAACUUUGCCUUUUGGCGGAUGCUUUUGGCCUCUUGGAGGAUGCAAAGCCUCGAAGGUGGCUGCAACGUGACGGUCCAAAUGCAAAGGGUUCAAGUUCUGGAGACCUGACAGCGAGUUUGCCUCGCGGCUCACAGAUUUUGACUGCUCUUCUUCCGGUGCUUCUGUCACUGGCUCGUUUCAUUGCUAUGAUCACGGCAGCUUAUUUCACAUGUCAAUACUUCUUUCGCUAUGGCCCUUCCAGCUUGCACGAAAGCAUAGAUCAACUGGAACAGCAUCGCUUUGUCAAAGUCGCGUUUGGAGAACGCUUUGACGGCUCAUGGUGGGAUGCCUUGUGCUUAUCAGUGCCUUAUGCAGUUCUUGUAGUGGUUUUCGCACGCGAUUUGCUUUGCUUUUCUGCUCCGACAGCUCAAAAACGGAAGAGCAGACAGCUGUCACAAAUGGUCUAUGACCGCUAUUUUGGAGUUGAAGGCACCUACUACACGUUCAAAGUGGCUUUGCUACAGCUCCUGACCAUUUUGCUUCAGGCGUUUGGGAAGCUUCAUUUGCUCGGUGGCAUCGCACUCUUUGCAGAACAACAAAGGCUCUCAGUUGCAGAAUCUUUGAAGGUAACAUUCUGGUUGUUUUGGGCGCUACUAUUUUGCAACAGCGUCUACCCCAACAUGCUCUUCAUUUUCCCGGAGAGUAUGCGGUGUCGCUACACCUGUGCGAUGCUGGACGUUUUCUUUGAUCUGGGAUAUGUUUUGAGCUACUUGGUGAUGGUUGUGAUUGGGACGACCGAGUUGCACGUGAACGUGUCUGUUUGGGGUAAUUUUGGAGAGCGCUCGCAGCUGGGCUUUAGCAACAGUAUAAGUGCCAAAUUCGCUUUCCCUUCAGAGUUCCUCCAAUACAUGGCAGUCUAUGUGAGCAUUGCUCACGUGUGCUGCGCUUGUCGUGCUGUUCAGAGAGGGAAAACGCCUGAGUUGGAAGCCGCGAGAGAUGUCCGCCCGAAGGUUGUCCGGGCCCAUGUGAGAUGUCCAUGGGUGAAACGCUUCCUGAAGUACAUCUACUCACCAUGUUUGACGGCGUUGCUUGUCUACUUGCUGAUCUGUCAGGAUGUUUAUCCAGGGCACAGAGGAGACUUCACGUGCUUCCCUUGCCGGUGUUCCGCUGGACGACUUCAAAGCUGCACCUUGGCAGCGCAACUGCAGCAAGAGCAGCUUGUCAUUGCUGGUGUCACCAGCAUUGAGCCACAGGCAUUCAAACCUUUGGGUUGCCGCCUGUCGCAGUUGUCGCUAGCAAACAAUUCCAUAACAAGCUUGAAACCAAGAAGCUUUGAGCAUCUCCCUUGCUUACAGAUAUUGGAUAUCAGCCGGUCAAAACUCAGCAUGCUGGCCAGGGACUCUUUCUAUGGAUUGGAGCAGCUGGAAGUGCUCUCCCUCCAUGGGAACGAACUCCACAACAUCUCAGGAGACCAUUUAUCCCAUCUGCCAUCCCUUGAGAAGCUUCUGCUUGGAAGCAAGCCAGGCUUUGACAAUGAAACGCUGACAGAUUACGAGUUGGAAGCUGGAAACUUGAUCAGGUGUUUACCGCCCCGACUAUUUGAAGGAAAUCCGCACUUGAAUUUUUUUGACAUCAGUGGCAACAACAUCACCAAAGUUGACCGAGACACUUUCGUUGGAGCGACAAACUUGCAAGUCCUGGACCUCGGUCAGAACAGCCUGCGAGAACUUCCUGAAGGACUCUUUGCUGGUCUCUCGAGGCUCCAGAACGUGUUGCUGCACAACAACCAGCUCAGUGCACUUCCCGAUGGUCUCUUUGCUGGUCUCUCGGGGCUCCAGAAAGUGUGGCUGGAUCAUAACAACAUCAGUGUGCUUCCCGAUGGACUCUUUGCUGGUCUCUGGAGUCUCCAGGCAGUGUCGCUGGAUCACAACCAGCUCAGUGCACUUCCCGAAGGACCCUUUGCUGGUCUCUCGGGGCUCCAGAAAGUGUGGCUGGACAACAACCAGCUCAGUGCCCUUCCCGAAGGACUCUUUGCUGGUCUCUCGAGGCUCCAGAAAGUGUGGCUGGACACCAACCAGCUCAGUGCACUUCCAGAUGGACUCUUUGCUGGUCUCUGGAGUCUCCAGGCAGUGUCGCUGGAUCACAACCAGCUCAGCGCACUUCCCGAAGGACUCUUUGCUGGUCUCUCAAGUCUCCAGAAAGUGUGGCUGGACAACAACCAGCUCAGCGCACUUCCCGAAGGACUCUUUGCUGGUCUUUCGAGUCUUCAAAUUUUGGCGCUGAGCCACAACCAGCUCAGUGCGCUUCCCGAUGGUCUCUUUGCUGGUCUCUCGAGGCUCCAGACAGUGUGGCUGGACAACAACCAGCUCAGUGCACUUCCCGAAGGACUCUUUGCUGGUCUCUCAAGUCUCCAGAAAGUGUGGCUGGACAACAACCAGCUCAGUGCACUUCCCGAAGGACUCUUUGCUGGUCUCUCGAGUCUCCAGGCAGUGUCGCUGAAUCACAACAACAUCAGUGCACUUCCCGAAGGACUCUUUGCUGGUCUCUCGAGGCUCCAGAAAGUGUGGCUGCACGACAACCAGCUCAGUGCACUUCCUGAAGGAGUCUUUGCUGGUCUCUCGAGGCUCCAAGUGUUGGCGCUGUACAACAACCAGCUCAGUGCACUUCCCAAAGGACUCUUUGCUGGUCUCUGGAGUCUCCAGAAAGUGUGGCUGGAUCAUAACAACAUCAGUGUGCUUCCCGAUGGACUCUUUGCUGGUCUCUCGAGUCUCCAGGAAGUGUCGCUGGAUCACAACCAGCUCAGUGCACUUCCCGAAGGACUCUUUGCUGGUCUGUCGAAGCUACAGAACGCGUGGCUGGACAACAACCAGCUCAGUGCACUUCCCAAAGGACUCUUUGCUGGUCUCUCGAGUCUUCAAAUUUUGGUGCUGAGCAACAACCAGCUCAGUUCACUUCCCGAUGGACUCUUUGCUGGUCUCUCGAGUCUCCAGAAAGUUUGGCUGCACAACAACAGCCUCAAGGAAGGCAGUGGCUGAAGAUAUUUUCCCUUUGUCUUAAAA